AUGACCACAACCCAUCCAUCCAUCCCCCUAACACCCAACCCAACAAAAGCCUCCUCCUCCCCUCCCAAACACCCCCCACAAAUAUCCCUCCACCCUCUAACAAAAUCCGAUCUCCCUCGUCUAUCCCUCCUAGAACAUCUAGCAUUCGAAAAUGAUGAAUUUAGCGAUUUGGCAUUUGGAAGGGAGAGAGGUAGUGAGGAGGGUUUGAGGUUGAGGAGUGAACAGUUGGGAAAGUUUUGGGGGAGGGGGGAUUGUUGGUUUGUUAAGGCGGUUUUGGGGGGGAGGGAGGGGGGGAAGGGGGAAGGAGAGGAGGGGGAAGAGGAUGGUGAUGAGGAGAAGGGGGAUAUUGUGGGGGUUGCGGGGUGGAUGAGUGGGGGUGGGGAAGAGGGAGAGGGGAAGAGGAAUGAGGGGAGUGGGGAUGGGGAUGGGGAUGGGAAGCAAGAGGAGAAAGAGGAAGGGAAAGGCGAAGGAGAGGAAAUAAAUGAAGUAUCUGAAAUUCCUAAAGUAAAAACAAAAGAGGAAUUAGAAAAGAUAUGGGGAAAAGGGAGUAAUUUUAAAUUGUGUGAGGAUGUAUUUGUUAGAGGGGAUGAAUAUAUGUUUAAGGCUUGUGGGAAGGAAAGGUGGUUGAGGGCUAGCCCCUGGGGCAUAGGUCUCUAUCGAAAACACGGUUUUCAAGAAGUUCAUGCGAUGGAUAUACGGUUGGAUUUGUAUGAGGGGGGGGAGGGGAUGGGGAGGACAAGUCAUGUUAUUAUGAGGAGGGGGCCUGGUGGGUUUUGUGAGGGGAAAGGAAGUAGGAGGGUAGGAGAGAAGGAGGGGGAGAUGAUUGAUUGA